GUUUUCUGGGGUCAAGAGCAUUUGAAUUGUUUAGUUCUUCUCCAGGAGCUUCUGCAGCAGUACCUCGCUAGAAAGGGCAGUGUAGAGACCUUGACAUCUGAACGGACACACUCCACUUGUUUUUCUACAGAAAGGAAUCAGGCCUCAAAAACUGAGCAUACCUCAGAUGAUCUGAGAACAGGCCUGUUCCAGUAUAUACAAGAUGCAGAAGCACAAAAACUGCCCAGUGCCUAUGAAGUUGUGUUUUACAAUGAAACUGAGGAUAGUCCAGGAAUGAUGUUGUGGAGAUAUCCAGAACCCAGAGUGCUCACUCUUGUAAGAAUUAACCCUGUUCCUUUCAAUACCACUGAAGACCCAGAUAUUAGCACUGCUGACCUUGGAGAUGUUCUUCAGAUUCCUUGCAGCUUGGAGUACUGGGAUGAGCUUCAGAAAUCAUUUGUUGCAUUCCGGGAAUUCAGUCUAUCAGAAAGCAAAGUCUGUGAACUACAACUGCCCAGUAUCAACCUUGUGAAUGAUCAGAAAGAGCUCAUAGCCUCCGAUCUGUGGAGGAUUGUCCUGAACAGCAAUCAGAAUGUGGCUGAUGACCAAAGCUCAGAAAGUGAAUCUGGCUCACAAAGCGCGUGUGAUCAGCUUGUAACCCCCACAGCAUUAGCAGCCUGUACCAGAGUUGAUUCCUGUUUUACUCCUUGGUUUGUGCCAUCACUAAGUGUGUUGACCCAAUUUACUUAUUUGGAAGUCCACCUCUGCCAUCAUCUUGAUCAGCUGGGCACAGCACCACCAAAGUUUCUUCAGCCAUUUUUAUCUGAUAAGAACAUGCCAUCUGAACUAGAAUACAUGAUAAUUUCCUUCGAUGAGCCUCAUGUGUAUCUUCGUCGGUGGAGCGAUGAGUCGAUGUUCCAGGAGAUCCAGUUUUCAACUCAAGCGGACUGUAAACUUCUGGAGUGUCGAAAUGUGACUAUGCAGAGUGUUGUGAAACCUUUCAAAAUCUGGGGGCAGAUUGCUAUUUCCUGCGGCACAGUGGAAAGGCUGUUGGACUGCACGAUAAUGGUGGACCCCAUUUUCAUCAACUUUGGCCAAUAUGCGCUUCAUUCUCUAAAUACAGCAAUUCAAGCUUGGCAGCAGAACCAAUGCCCUGAGGCAGAGGAAUUGGUCUUCAGCCAUUUUGUGAUCUGUAAUGACACACAAGAGACACUGCGGUUUGGCCAGGUGGAUACUGAUGAAAAUAUUUUGCUGGCUAGUCUCCGCAGUCACCAGUACAGCUGGCGCUCUCACAAGUCCCCGCAGCUGUUACACAUCUGUAUUGAAGGCUGGGGAAACUGGCGGUGGUCUGAACCAUUCAGUGUGGACAAUACAGGGACCUUUAUUCGUACCAUUCAGUACAAGGGCCGGACAGCAUCACUUAUUAUCAAGGUUCAGCAGCUCAGUGGAGUGCAAAAACAAAUCCUAAUCUGUGGAAGACAGACAGUCUGUAGUUACCUUUCCGAAAGCAUUGAACUGAAAGUGGUUCAGCAUUACAUUAGUCAGGAUGGACAGGCCAUUGUUAAAGAACACAUCAACUGCCUUGCAGCCAAGCAGAAGUUGCCUUCAUAUGUUCUAGAAAACAAUGAGCUCACUGAGCUGAGUGUGAAAGCUACAGGAGAUGAAGACUGGUCCCGAGACGUAUGUCUAAGUUCUAAACAUACAGAACACAGCACUGUCAUUCAGGUACCAUCUUCAAAGAGUUCAAUUACAUAUGUGUGGUGUACAAUUUUGACUUUAGAGCCCAAUUCUCAUGUGCAGCAACGAUUAAUUGUUUUCAGCCCUCUUUUCAUUGUAAGGAGCCAUCUUCCAGACCCAAUUAUCAUACAUUUAGAGAAAAGAAGUCUGGGACUGAAGGAAACACAAGUGAUUCCAGGGAAAGGACAGGAGAAAGCACUGCAAAAUAUAGAACCUGAUCUUACGCAUCACUUGACAUUUCAAGCCAGGGAGGAAGAUGAUCCAUCAGAGUGCGCAGUCCCUAUCUCAACCACGCUGAUUAAACAGAUAGCGACUAAAUCCCAUCCAGGUGGCAAUGUCAACCAAAUACUGUCCGAGUUCUAUGGCACCGCUAAUCCUCCCCAGCCUGUAUGGCCAUAUAGUAGGAAGGAUUCAGACAGCAAUGAACAACUCUCCCAGUGGGAUAGCCCAAUGCGGGUAAAGCUGUCAGUGUGGAAACCGUGUGUUACAACUCUGCUGAUAGAACUCCUGCCCUGGGCUUUGCUUAUCAAUCAGUCCAAGUGGGACCUCUGGCUGUUUGAAGGAGAGAAGAUUGUUCUUCAAGUACCUACUGGGAAAGUCAUUAUACCUCCCAACUUCAAGGAAGCUUUUCAGGUUGGAAUAUACUGGGCAAACACUAAUACUGUGCACAAAUCAGUGGCAAUUAAACUGGUUCAUAAUGUGACCUCCCCAAAAUGGAAGGAUGCCGAUAAUGGGGAAGUAGUAACGUUGGAUGAAGAAGGUUUUGUUGAAGCUGAAAUAAAACUUGGCGCUUUUCCGGGUCAUCAAAAGUUGUGUCAAUUCUGCAUUUCUUCAAUGGUUCGACAAGGUAUACAAAUUCUACAAAUAGAAGAUAAGACAACAAUAAUCAAUGAUACAUCAUAUCAAAUCUAUUAUAUGCCACAGCUUUCUAUUUCCAAACCCUACUCAGGAGAAGAGGCCUUCCACUCCUCAGACAGCACGGUGUUCAGCGUCAGUCCAGCUGGGGCACCCCCCAGCGAGACGCUGAGCGCUGUGCCCUGCUGGGACCUGAUGUCGGACACCAGUCCCUUAACUUCAGGGGCGCCUCUUACAGAAAAACGCCUGCUGCUGACUUUCAGUCCAGGCGGCUGCACUGGCAGGUGUGAGCUGUGGAGCUUACCAGCUGUCAUUAAACAGGAGUUUCCUAGACAGAGCGUGGCGGUGCCCACAGGGGUUUGUAGUGACAGUGGAUUUUGUACCAGAGCUAUAGCACUGACUUAUCAAGAGCAUCUUGGCGUGACAUACCUAACACUUGCAGAAGAUCCUAGUCCUCGUAUAAUUAUCCACAAUAGGUGCUCCGUUCCAUUGCUUGUAAAAGAGAACUUCAAAGAUACACCAAAGUUUGAAGUUUAUUGUAGAAAGAUUCCGGCUGAAUGUUCAGUUCAUCAUGAACUUUACCAUCAAGUCUCCAGCUACCCAGAUUGCAAAACAAGAGAUUUGUUGCCCAGCAUUCUUCUGAAAGUGAUGUCAUCCGAUGAAUUAGUAAAUGAAUGGAGUGAUUUUGUGGACAUCAACAAUCAAGGAACACAAAUUGUGUUCUUAACUGGCUUUGGCUAUGUUUACGUGGACGUUGCCCAUCAAUGUGGAACAAUAGUCAUAACUUUGGCCCCAGAAGGAAGAGCAGGACCCGUCGAGAUCAACCUCAACAGAAGUCAAGAGCAGACCUUGUCAGUGAAAAUGUUCAUCAGUCAGUUAAGUCUUGCUGCAUUUGAUGAUAUUACAAACCACAAAGUGUCAUCUGAACUUCUGCGUCUCACAGCAGACAACGUUUUCCUCCACAUGGCCCCAGCCACCAGCUACCUGAGACCCCUGUCACAGGAGUUCCAGCAGCACGUCAUGGAAGGCCUCCCACAAUUUCAUAGUCUCCAAGUGUAUUGUGAAGACUUGCAACUGGACAAUCAGUUGUACAGCAAAUCCAAUUUCCAUUUUGCAGUCCUGCUGUGCCAAGGAGAGAAAAAUGAGACUGUGCAGUGGUCCAGAGUCAACAACCUCAUUGUUUGUAACAAAGAUUUGGAAAGCUAUAAGGAAAACUGCUUUAUAAAACUCUGCAUUGCUUUUUCCGAGGAAGAGAAUUUCAUGUUUCACGUGAAUGACUUCAGCUUUGAGCUCAAACCUGCUAGGCUGUAUGUGGAAGACACUUUUGUUUACUACAUUAAGACUUUAUUUGAUACGUAUCUCCCAGAAAACAAAACCUCUUGUCAAUCCAUGAAUACUUCAGAUACUAUCCUGAUACUGCCUGAACAAGUGAGAGAGCAUGCAAGAGCUUUAGUCAAGCCAGUGAAGUUAAGAAAAUUAACAAUACAACCUGUUAAUCUCCUUGUCAGUAUUCAUGCUUCGUUGAAAUUGUAUAUAGCCUCAGAUCACACCCCUCUCUCCUUCUCUGUGUUUGAGCGAGGACCCAUCUUCACCACUGCCAGGCAACUUGUCCAUGCCUUGGCCAUGCAUUAUGCUGCUGGAGCACUUUUCAGAGCAGGCUGGGUUGUCGGAUCAUUGGAAAUUCUCGGAAGUCCAGCUAGUCUGGUGAGAAGCAUAGGGAACGGCAUAGCUGAUUUCUUUAGGCUCCCCUACGAAGGGCUGACCAGAGGCCCAGGAGCAUUUGUCAGUGGAGUUUCCAGAGGAACAACAUCAUUUGUAAAACACAUUUCCAAAGGUACACUGACGUCAAUUACCAAUCUGGCAACAAGUCUGGCUCGGAAUAUGGAUAGGCUGUCACUUGAUGAGGAGCAUUACAACAGACAAGAAGAAUGGAGAAGACAGCUUCCAGAGAGCCUGGGAGAAGGACUGAGACAGGGGCUCUCUCGUUUAGGCAUUAGCCUUCUAGGUGCAAUCGCUGGGAUUGUGGAUCAGCCGAUGCAGAAUUUUCAGCGAGUGUCUGAGGCCCAAGCUUCAGCCGGGCAUAAAGCCAGAGGGGUCAUCUCGGGUGUGGGGAAAGGAAUCAUGGGUGUUUUCACAAAGCCCAUCGGAGGGGCAGCUGAGCUCGUCUCCCAGACCGGUUACG